AUGAACAGAAAGAAGACAAAGUUGUUGCAAGAAAUUUUGACCUACACACAUGAACCAACUUACAACAUAAGAUGUGCAGACAUUGAUGCUAAGACCUAUUAACUUUAAAUAGGAGAUGAUUAACCUUCAGUGUCGAGCUAUGAUUUCAAAGACAAUAACUAUCCCAUAGCAAAAGCUUAAUAAUUCAGUAGCGAGGUUACUGCACUUUGCUCUAAUUCAGCCAAUGAUGCUGUUUUCUGCGGAACAUUAGGUGGUACUAUCUAAAUGUGGAAUUACAAGCAGAAUAAAAAACGAAGCAAUAAUCCUCGCAUUCUUUUAUCAGGAGCUAUUGAUACAAAUGUCAAGAUUUGGGAUAUUAGAAUGAAAACUUGCAUCAAUACCUUUAAGUCUCACAAUGAGUAAAUAACAUGUGUUGACAUCUCGCCAGACUGUUUUACAAUAAUCUCAGGGAGUCAAGAUGGUACUAUCAAACUUUGGGAUUUAAAAACUAAUAAAUUGCAGAGAUCAAUGCAAGUAUCUAAUUAGGGUGGAUAUCCGAGUUGCUUAUCUUUCAAUCCGAUGGAUCUUUGCGUGGCAGUGGGAACUUCUGAAAAGAUUAUCAAGUACUGGGAAUUGCAAGACUAUUCAUUAGUCUCUCAGACAAAUAUAGAGAACUACAUUCCUUAGAAAUUACUAUUCGAUAAAGAGGGGAAGUACACCUAUAUUGGGUUUUAUGACUGUGUAAAAGUAUACCUACUAGACGAUGCUAAACCAAAAGUCUUAGAUAUAAUACCAAAAGGUGGAUUCAGAGACAUUCUAGAUUUGAAGAUAAAUGCAGAUGCUGGAUAUCUAUUCACUUGCGAGUAAAGUGAGCAAGCUAUGAAUCAAGUUAUACUGAGUAAUAUAAGUUUAUCAGAUAUUAACUUCAAUCCUAAUGUCAAACCAUCUGCUCAUAUCGGAAUGCCAAAUUAGAUGAGUAUUGAAUAAAAACCUUUGCAUUAGUAGCUAAGAAAGGGUUUAUCAAUGGAGCCUAAUGUAAGUACAUAACAAAGUGCUAGCAAACCUUCACUCUUAGCUAAAAAUGGGUUGAAUCUAAUGGGACAUAGUUAGAGUUAAUGGAAUUAAGAUUUCCUAGAUAAGCAACAAAGACCACCUAGCUCUCAAUCAAUAAAAACAUUUUAUCAACAACCUAAAUUUGAUUAGCCCUCGGAUCUAAAAUUGGAGGAUUUCCUCAAUGAUGCCUCUGGUAUUGACAUUGAAUCUGAUAUGAAGUCAAUUUAAGAAGCAGUAAAGGAUCAUAACAAGAUUAUAUUCAUACUAAAAUAAAGAAACGAGAUUCUUUAGAAUAUGCUUAAGUAUUGGUCAAAGAAUGAUACCUAAUCUACAAUUAACUGCAUUCUGACAAUUAAGGAUCCAAAUAUAAUAGCUGAUGCAUUAGGAUGCACAUUUGCUGAUUAAUCAACUCGAAUCGAAACAUUUAACUUUGAUCAUGCUAUUUCAAUCCUUAAAAAAUGUGAGGAGAUAUUAACGGCAGAUAAAUUUGAAACUCAUUUGACAAUCGCUAUAAAAUGUGUGAAGAAUAUUCUACAGGUAUUUACUGAGAGAAUUAACACAAUAGUUAAAACCUCUUUAGCAAUGGGAGAGGAUUUCGCAAAGCUUUCAGCUGAGUAAAUGGACAGGAAGACAAAAUGUGAUUAAAUACUUGAAAGAAUCGAGAUUAUUAGUAAAAGUAAAGGACUUAAAAAGUUAAUCAAUCUCUCAAAGACCAAUAGCAAUCUAUUAGCUAAAAAUAUCUAAAUGGACAUGGAAAAUCUUAUAAGAAAUUGUAAAAAUAUACCCACUACUGGCACUAAUGGUAGCUUCAAGAAUAAUUUCUUGUGA